GCACUUCGCUAAAUUUACAUCUGCAUGCGAUUUUUACAAUGAUACUUAGCAUGCAUAUCACGUUAUUCGACACCAAUUUUCAGCUUCACAGCGAAGCGAAACUCCAUAACAAUAUAAAAAUGCUACGAGAACUUUAACUAUUUAAGUGCCGCUAUGUGAUAUUUAGGUUUCGAUCUAUGUUAGGGAGUAAAAAGUUUGGUUUGUACAAGUUCCAAAAGCCAGGAAAUAUCUGUUAUGAUUAUUUCUAUUAAACUGCUUCUAAGUGCCAAUUACGCUCAAUAAUGACUGAAUUUACAGAAUUAAAGUCUGAGAAGUUUUUAAUUGUUUUAUUAAACUUUGCAGCUCAAAGCUCUAAAAGCUGGUGUAUAGUAAAAUGCUGCUGAAGGAUGGGAAAUGGAAUGAAUAAGGUUUUACCAGGAUUAUAUUUAGGUAGUUUCCGUGAUGGUAAAGAUUCAGAACAGUUACGGGCUAAUGAAAUCACUCAUAUUAUUUCGAUUCAUGAUACAGCAAAAGAAAUUGUGGAGGAUAAACAGUAUCUAUGCAUUCGAGUACCUGAUUCUCCAGAAGAAAAUCUCAGCAGAUACUUUCCGAAAUGCAACGAUUUUAUUCACCAUGCCAGGACGACUGGUGGAAAUGUCUUAAUUCACUGCCUUGCAGGUGUCUCUCGCAGCGCUACGAUAGCGGCCGCCUAUAUUAUGUCUGUAACAAGCCUAUCAUGUAAAGAUGCACUCAAAGUAGUUCGAGGUGCGAGAAACAUCGCCAAUCCCAAUUACGGGUUCCAUUCCCAGCUCAAAGAAUUUGAAGCCUAUCUUCUAACGACGGAACGAAAACGUUUAAGAGUCAGAUAUCCUGAAUUUGACAUAAGAAGGGAUGAAGACGAAUGUGCUAAAAUGAUCAGUAUUUACCACAGCAGCAGUCUUCCGCUGCUGAGUAGCGCAUCUUCUAGCACCUUAGCUCCUAAGCCUUCAACCUCGAGAUCGUCUACAUCAUCGGCCGCUUCCUCCCCAGCAUCUUCUCCAGUUCAUCGACAGAAAAAGAAGAGGAGCAUCUCGAGUAGUCCCAGAAGAAAUUGACUUCCAUUAAUAUAAUAGCGAAAGGUCCAGGCGUUUGAUUCUUUUCACAGAUUAAUUAAUACAGAGUAAUUUUUCUUUAUAUACAUUAUUAUGAUUAAGUACAGGAAAGGCCACCGAAAUUUCAAUAAUGGUUGCAUAUAUUUUUCAAAUAACAUAUUUAGAAAAAUUUAGUUUUAUAUUCUCUCCGAACGCAUGAGGUGUUGCAAAGCUAAUUUAAUAAUAACUGAAGCAUUAAAAUUAAAUGGAAGAUUCAAAUUCCAUUACCCCGAAAAAAAAAAAAACAGGAAGAGUCUUAAUAUAUCUAUUCCCAAUGACAUUUUCUUAAAAAGUAUGGAAUUCUAUGGAUGCCGUGUUUAUUAACGUGUUACGUGUAACUAAAACUUAGCCAGUUGCAUCUGAUUUUAGAAAAACCACAGUAGAAAAGUAUUUCUGUAACCUGAAUUAUUUUAUACGAAAGAGAUUUGAAAGUGUUAUUCGAAUAAUUUCCAUCCAAAAAAAAAAAAAGGCAUUCGCUGUACAAAAGAAAGCAAUUUAAUGUCAUAUUAAAGAAACUUUAAUGGUAUACUUGAGAGCUAGAUGAUAUUCUAUAAUCCAUAAUCUUCAGAUCAAGUUUGGAUUUUGAAAAAAAUAUUAAGAAUAUCUUUUCAUCAUGGUCGCCCUGUUAAUGAUUUGUUACGUUUCUGCAGUUUACCCUCCUUCAAUUUAUUACAAUUCAUAUUAAGACUUUUCUCAAAUUAAAAUGUCUGCAAAAUAGGAAAUGAGAAAAGAAAACAAAUUUUGAAAAUAAUGUUCCUCUCGUUAAAAAAGUAAGUACGUAAAUAAAUCGAUAUAUUUAUGGUAAAUUAAUAGGACUGUAGAUAAGUUUAGCAAAGAGCAAUAAAAUAAAGAUUUACUUAACAGAUCGGUUACUGAAUCACAAAUUUCAGCUUAUAUACUCAAAUAUUUUAAUUUGAUGUUAUCUGAGAUGUUUAAGCCAUUAACUCAAUUUAUAAAUAUGAUCUUAAUGCGUUUUUAUCUUUUAUCUACCAUUUCACAAAAAUUUACAGUUUUAUUUAUAACGGACAUUUCGUUCAUUACUUAUUUUCGCAAUAGGUCUUGAGUCUGAAUUUCGCUAAGAACGCAGAAUUUAGUUUUCUAUUAAGAACAUACUGAAAACUAUUAUGAUUAUCAAGAACUAUCCAUUGAAUAUUUAAUGCAAAUACUUAAAUUUAUAUAUUAAAAAUUAUUUUAUUCUAUUAAGAAUGCUCAGAAUACAUUAAAAAUAAAGUCAACAUUUCUAUUUAGAAAAGAUUUUAUGAAAAAGAAUGUUUAAAAUAAUUCAGAAAGUAAAAAGUAUGCUUAAUUGCUGUAUUCUUGUGGGAUUAUAGUUUCCUAUGCUUUAAAAAAGACCUACCUACAAAAUAUUACAAAUUCGGAAGAAAUGCCUAUCUUAACCAGCUGAAAGAAAGCUAAAGAAAAGUUCCACUCCUGCCUGUAAAAAAUUUAAAACCUGAAAUAGCUUUCAGUGUUUGUUUCUUAUUAGGAUUAUAAAAUGUAUGACUGUAAUUUUGAAAAAUAUUGAGGCAGGUUCGCAUAAUUAGAUUUAGUUUACUUUGUAAGAGCUCAUGAGUACUGAAUGAUAGGUUAAGCAAGCAAGCAUAUUUUCGAAUUUCAAGCCUUUCAAGAUCAGUCUCAACAGACAACAAACCUUGACCUUGAGCUACACACAGACAAUGAAGAAUUGCAAAAGUUAGGGACCUAUCUACCCUAAUGAAUUUAAAGGGCAAUCAAAUGUUUAUUGAUGAUUUUCAUCACCACUUCUCUUUAUCUCAAUCACUUCUAUCUCUUAUCACCGCUACUUCCGAUUUUCAGCCGAACAUAUCAUUCAUCAAUCCAUCAAUUUUUCUUUCUUCGUGAUUUUGGAAGAUAAAGUUGCAGUUAUUAUUAUCUACACUAUUUAGAGUUUUAAGCUAUGUAUUUACGGUAUAGAUCUUGCUUUUUGUAGGGCUAAUUUAGAUUUUUUUUGUUUUAUUGAACAUGAUUUUGUCAGAUUAUUUAUUAGCCUUGAAUUGUUGCAUUGGAAUGUUUCGCUUUCGGAAACGAAGGAAACCUGAAUGUCCGCAGGUCCGAUUUUUAAGUUAUUUUAGCAAUGCGUGUCGAUUUAAACACACAUAAACACCAAAAACGGAGAGCGCACAAGAAAAUACUUGCAUGUAGGUUGCUGCCUACAUUCGUCAAUAACUAAAUAAUAAGCAAUAAAGCUAUUUUCCAUCUUUGAACAUUGACUAUCAAAUUAAUUUAAAUAAUCAUAAACAGUUAUUUGCCGUCAAUAAUAUAGUUAGAAUGAAUCGUAUCUGAAAAUGUCAAAUAUUAGACUCUUAAAGUUAGAGACGAUUAAUUAUAGUCACUUCGAAAUUAAAGAAAAGUGAAGUGACAUCAUAGUAUAUUAUAAAUUGUGAUAUUUGCUGUAAAAUAGCGAAAGUAAUUGAAAUGACUGUCUGAAAUAACUCUCUAUCUGAAAAAUGUUGCUAUAUAGCGCCAGCAAACUAUUAUUAGAAGAUAACAAACAUAAAGUUUUUCAAAUACCUAUAUAAUUCAAUUCAGGAAUUAAUUAGCAACAUAUUGUAAAGUGAUCCAUAACUGUGCCUCACUACAAAAAUAUUGCGAAUUUCUUGCAAAUAUCAUAUUCUUUUUCCGCAGGCUUUGCGAUGAGCUUAAAAAUUAUCAAUUUUCGAUCGUAUUUAUUUUAUUCCUUCGUAUUUUGCAUUGCUGCAAUUCAUCAUUUCUAAGACUCGGAAAAAGAAUUUUAACUGAAUUUGCUCAUAUCACUGCAAACACGUUCAGAAUGCUUUUUGCAUUUCAGUAUCGCGAUGAACAGUUUUUAUAUCUGUUUUUAUGAAAUUUGGUGUCUAUCAUUCAACGAGCUUACAGUUAUAUGAAAAUAAUUUAGUAGUUCAAAACGACUUGCUUUAUGUGCUAUUUACUGUAAGAUAUAUUAUGUUUAUUUGCGUCAUAAUUUAACAUAGAACGAGAAAGACUUUAAGGUUCUUUAUAUAUUUAGUUAUUCUUUCUGAUAUCAUGUGAAUUACGCUGCAUCUAGAAACAAUGCCAAAAAUUUGCAGAAUUAUAUUUUAAAUAGAUAGGGAUACAAAACAAGCAUCAUUCACGCAAAAUGCAUUGAAUACAGCUUCCAGAAAUUUGGAUAGAAAAAUAUUCGCAAAAACUAUGUAUCAAAUGAUCGAAUUACAGCUUUCUGUUUAAAGUUUUAAUGAGCGAAAAUAUUUAGCCGCAAACAUUAUGAAUGAUGAGUAAUAGUUCGAGCAUUAGUGGAAUCAACUAAUAUUUUGCAUUAGCGAAAUAUUGCAUUAGAUUUUUUUCCUUGCUGAUUUAUGGUAAGGGAUGUUUUCUGCGACUGUAACUGAAGUUAAUAUUCUUCUCAUUAGCAAACUGAAUAGAAGUUUUAUCUAAGAUUUUAGAUCAGAAUAAAUUUUUAAAUAUUGCUUUUGCAUUUUUGAUCUAAACGCAUAAGUUUUUGUUCGAGGUCAUAAUUAAAGGUUAAAUGAUAAGCAGAGAGUAAAGCACAAGAAGAAGCUUGCAUUAAUUAGUAAUUUCAUUCGUAAAAAUUUUUUCAUCUCCAUUUUACAAACUUACAACGUAAUUAAAGAAGAUAAAGUUCUCUAAAGCUUUAAAUUUGAUUUUCCCAUAAUGAGCUUACUGAAAUUGAAUAUUACCAACCGCAAUGACUGAAUGUUUAUAUGAUUGAGGAUAUCACCUUAAUUCAGUUAUUUAAUUAAUAAUUUAAGCAUUUUAAACAUUACGGUUUUAAUGCAUUCAAUGCAUUUAUCUUUAUUUUUUGUGGUGCGCUUAUUUACCUGUAAUCUCCAUAGCAGGCAAGAUUUUGUACGCAUCGAAGAAAACUGUUUUUUUCUUUUUUAAAAUUUUAUUUUAACUUAUGAAUUAAAGAUUUUUUUAAAUUGUAUUAGCUCUUGAGUGCCUUAUAUAGAUGGAAAUCUCUGUUAUGAAUCCAUUGAAAUAUAGAGUAAGAAUGAACAAAACUGAGACUGGAAUUGAGUUAGAGCAAAGCAGAUUCAUUGGUUGAAUUAUUCACGGACCUCAGUAAAAAUGGACUAAAUAAUAAUGAAGUGCCAUUUAAAUACAGCUUUUUUUUUAAAGGACCUGUUGCAAAGGUUUUGCACUGUUUCAGCUGUUUAAUGAAAUUUCAUUAAACAGCUGAAACAGUGCAAAACCUUUGCAACAGGUCAAACAGCUGAAGUCAUAUCAACUUUUUGAUAAGACUUGAUAAGACUUAAAUAUAUUUGUAAAUAUACAUAUUGAAUUGCAUGGGAAGCAUCAAAUGAGCUUCGUCUAAUGCUAUGAUUACAUAUCAUUUCUAUCAGUAUGUAAAAAAUGUCUGCUUAUUAUAACCAUUUGGUUUACUCAAGAGAAUGUUUUAGCCAAAUUGAAUUAUUAAUUUUACAGAUUAAGAACUUUAGGAAUAUUGACACUUUAUUGCUUGAAACUUAAUCUUAGGAAAUUACAUUAAUUAUAAUCUUCCUUCAGCAUCAUAUAUCAGAGUACUUUUUACAGCUAGUUCUGCGUAGUAUGCAUAUUAAGUAGCUAAAUAGACUAUUUCUUAUUUCUGCUUCUAUGAGAAAAAUACUUGAAAAUAUUUUAUCAUUAAAUAUAAAAAUGCUAAUCUAGGGAUCAAGUUAUAAAACUCAUCUGAGCUUUUACGAAACAUGAAGCUACUAAAUAUAUACCCCCUUAUAGGAAUUAAAAUUAUUAUAAAAUUGACCUUUUCUUUCAGUUUUAUAAAAUUUAUAUGAAUUCUAAUAAAAGGUGUUUAGGUACACUUCUAUUAUUGGGACCGGAUUCAGAAAUGCCUGUAUGUAUGCAUGCAUGUGCAUAUAUGUGUGUAUAUACAUACAUACAUACAUAAGUACAUAUAUACAUGCAUACAUGAACACAUCCAUCCAUCCAUACAUGCGUACAUAAAUACAUUUCUAAAUCGGUUCCGAUAAGAGAAGAGUACAGGUGUUUAUUACAUAUAUAUAGUAUGUGUGUGUGUGUGUAUCAGAGAAUAUUAGAGGAUACUUUAUAUUAAUAAUUGAACCUCAUUAUUAGAGAAAAUAGAGAAUAUGACAGCUUUAAUAGAAAGAAAAUUUCAGGUUUAGGCUACCAUCAAAUUAAUUUUAUAUGUUUUGAGAAAAGGGAAAGUAUGUCUUCUUUUUUUGAUAGAGAAAUAUAUAAUGCCGUUUUUCAAAGCCUGAUAGAAAGAUGCAUAAUAGUUUUCCAUUUUAAAGAAAGAAUUUUCGCCUUUAUUCUUAUAAAAUUAAUGUUCUAAACUUUGAUUUCUUUUGGGAAAAACUUGAAUUUCUUCUGCAUUUAAAAUUUUUACUAAUUUAGAAAUUGGUUUGCGAGGUCAUUUAACAAUGCUGGCAAUGAGAAGCAAAUCAUAAUGCAAGUAAUCCGUAAAUUAAAUUCUACAAUAAUGGAUUCAACCAACUAUGGUUGAAUUUAAAAUCCUAACAAAAUGCUAGAACUUAGUUAAAAUGUUUGGAAGCCUUCUUCAAAGUCCGAGAUUUCAUUAUUAAAAAAUCAUUUAAAGCUUUAGACACAAAAAUGGGUAAAAGGAGAAAAUAUGUCAUCGAGGUCAUUGAACUCCUAAUGUGCGAGCUUCAUAAAUGAUAAUUGAAACAAUUUGAUCUGUAAAUAUAGUUUACAUAUACAAAUUCGGCCCUGUAUGCAUAUGUAAAGUAUGUAAAAUAAGAACAAGUUUUGCUCAGUAAACAUUUUAAAAUCUAUCUUUAAGUAACAUUGCCCAACUUAGGCAAAGUUAAUUACUUAAAUCUAAGGUUUUCGUAAUUUUAUAGUUCAUCAUCAGGUAAAGCAAUGUAAUCAUAGUAGUUGCUUCCUGUGCAGGCACAGGAUAAGUAACUGAAUGCAGCUUCUAUGUAUUUUCACAUUUUUGCACCAAAGGCUAUGAUGUAAAAGUAUAUUUACAAUGUUAUCAGUUAUUCAAGUAUUUAGAUGCAUCACAGCAACUGUAAACAGGUUGGUGGACCAACCCGAUAGCAAUAACUGUGAUAAAGUUUUCAUUAUUCUGUAUAAAGUUUUAUCUUGCAUGUAAAACUAUAUUGUAUCUCCCAUAUGAGGAUUAGACUGCCUUGAAAACAUAGCAAGUAUAUUAAUUCAAAUAAAAGUAUUUUAUAAAUA